AUUACUUGCACUUGCAACUCAUGUUCUCUGUCAUUGCACAAGCAGGGGAAAACCCACAGACAAAUUCCCUCUUGAAACUCAAUUUCCUUGUUUCUUAAACACCCCCUUGUAUUCUUUUUUCUUAAAUUCCGGUAAAGCUCCGAACUUUACCUCAGUGAGCUCACAUCUUCAUUUAACCUAUCCUUGUUUCUGUAUCAAAAUUUAAUCUUUCUCUCGUGAGAUCAUGGAGAAAGUAGAGAAGGCACCGAAUGAUAUUGAGAGUGAAGAAACUGAAGCUAUAGAGCUCAUUCUCUUUCAAGUCUCUGAAUGUUAUGUUUAUAUGAUACCUCCUAGGAAAAGUGCUGCUUCUUACAGGGCUGAUGAAUGGGAUGUUAACAAAUGGGCCUGGGAAGGGACUUUGAAAGUCAUUAGUAAGGGUGAAGAGUGCAUUAUCAGACUUGAAGAUAAAACCACAGGUGAAUUAUAUGCCCGGGCAUUUUUGAGAAAUGGGGAUCUACAUCCAGUGGAACCUGUACUUGAUAGCAGCAGAUAUUUUGUUCUUCGAAUAGAGGAAAAUAUUGGUGGUCGCCUUAGGCAUGCAUUUAUUGGCAUAGGAUUUAGAGAAAGAGCAGAAGCUUAUGACUUCCAGGCAGCACUGCACGAUCACAUGAAAUAUCUGGACAAGAAGAAAACUGCGGAAGAGAUGGAGCAGCAUUUUCAAACAACUUCCUCGGUGGAUUACAGUUUAAAAGAAGGGGAAACUAUUGUACUCCAAAUAAAAAAUAAACCUAGAGGUAGUGUGAAGUCCAAGAUUUUUGAGCAGGGUCUGAACAAUCUGUCAUUGGAGGAAAACAGUGGUCGAAAAGAACCCUUGCUUAGUAUCAGACCGCCUCCGCCUCCCCCAGCACCGCUUUCACCUGCUACAAGUGUACAGAAUUCUCCAUCAAACUUGCCACCAAAAAUUACUCUUGAAGGAACUUCUACUGAAAAGUCCCCAUGCUUGACGAAGGAUGAAGCAGAACAACAACAACAUUUGCCUGACAAUGAAAGCUCACAAGAUAUACAAGAUGAUGAUUUUGGAGAUUUUCAGGCAGCUGGUUGAUGUGGACUACAAAUUGACGUGUUUAUAAUAAAAUUCCUCGAUUUUAUUCUUGUUUUUGUGGGACUGGUGUUUUCAAGGAUUUAGAUAGAGAUCCAGCUGGGUUUUGGUUAUCAUGGUUUGUGAAAUAUGCUGUAAAUAUUACGGGAAGUGGAGAUACCUAACCGACCUCAUCAUGCUGCUAAGAUUGAUUUACCUCUCUCUCUGAAA